UAUUUAAAUUAGCGUCAAAAAAUAAAAAAACAGCAUGCAAAAUCAUGGAGCCUAAUGUGGUCCCUGCAUUCCGCAACCAAAAUUCUUGACCUCAACUGCAAUCCCUAUAUAAACCAUCUCAACCCCAAAUCAAAACAUCCCACACGCGCAAAUCCCUUGAAACCAUACCCCCUAGUGUAUAUCUCCCAUAACGAAAGAUAUUUCAGCUUGCAGGUGCUGCUGCUAACAGCAGAGUUUCAAGGUGCAGUGUGUAAAAGUUCGAAGUUUCUUUUAUGUCCAUACAGGCCAUUCCCUAUUUGGGAUCAAUUGGUUUGCUUGGAGAGCAUUGUCCUUCAGUUAGAAAAAAGAUCAGACCUUUGUCACAUAAAUUUGGCUGUAUGCGUCUUGGAUCAAUUCAAGAACAACCAGAUUUUCAUGGUUGCAGCUGGUUGCAACCUUUUGUGAUUGCAGAAGAUCAGUCUUCUCUCAUACCUUACGAAACUUUAGAAGAUUUUACUGCUGCAUACACUCUGAUUUCUAGUAUUUGUUGCCUGUGGCUUUCAGCUAUUUUGUUUUGAAUUGUUGUUGAAAAUGGCUUUGCAGAAUAUUGGUGCUGGAAAUAGCGAUGAUGCCUUCUACAGGUAUAAGAUGCCCAAAAUGAUCACCAAGAUUGAGGGCCGAGGAAAUGGCAUCAAAACAAACAUAGUCAACAUGGUUGAUAUUGCAAAGGCAUUGGCAAGGCCAGCCUCUUAUACAACCAAGUAUUUUGGCUGUGAGCUUGGUGCUCAGUCUAAAUUUGAUGGAAAAACUGGGAUUUCUCUUGUUAAUGGAUCCCAUGAUACUGCUAAGCUUGCUGGACUUCUUGAGAAUUUCAUCAAGAAAUAUGUGCAGUGUUAUGGCUGUGGAAACCCUGAAACUGAGAUAUUGAUAACUAAGAAUCAGAUGAUCCAAUUGAGCUGUGCUGCAUGUGGUUUUGUUUCAGAUGUUGAUAUGAGAGAUAAGCUGACAACUUUCAUCUUGAAAAACCCACCUGAAGUGAAGAAAGGAUCAAAAGACAAGAAGGCACUAAGGAGGGCUGAAAAGGAACGACUUAAGGAAGGUGAGGCUGCAGAUGAAGAGCAGAAAAAACUUAAGAAAGAGGGAAAGAAGAAAGGCUCCUCGUCUAAGGAAGGCAGCAGUAAAGUCAGCUCAACUAUGAAGAAAGCUGGUGGCUCUGAUGAUGAUCACGUUUCACCACCUCACAGUCAAGUUGAUGAAAAGGAAGAGGUUGAUGAGGAUGAUGAUGAUGAUGAUGAUGUGCAGUGGCAAACAGAUACAUCACUAGAGGCAGCUCAGCAGCGAAUCCAAGAGCAACUGAGUGCAGUUACAGCAGAUAUGGUCAUAUUAUCUACAAAUGAAUCAGAAAAGAAAACAAAGAUGACUAGUAAGGCAAGCAACAAUUCAAACGUUAUGUCUUCACCAAGGCAAGAUGAUCACAAGGCCGAGAAUGGCUACUCAGACCUUCAUGAGACCAUUGUUGAGGAGUUGAAAGAAAAUUUGAAGAAAGGUGUUUCUGCUAAUCAAUUGAAGUCCCUUUUGGGAUCUCUUUCUGGUUCUGGCCAGGAAAAGAUGAUUGCGCUGUUAGAGGCACUCUUUGAUGGCAUCAAGAAAGGGUUUGCGAAGGAGGUGGCUAAGAAGAAAAACUACUUUGCUGCUGCUGUUGCUCAAGAUGAGGAAUCACAGCUGCUUCUGCUUAAAGCUAUUGGGUCAUUUUGUGGAAAGGCCAGCUCAAGUUCGUUGAAGGAAGUUGCUUUAGUUUUGAAAGCACUCUAUGAUGCUGAUGUGUUGAAGGAGGAGUACAUACUGCAAUGGUAUCAAGAAGGUCUGAAGGGGGAGAACAAAGACUCCCAGAUAUGGAAGAAUACUAAGCCUUUUAUUGAUUGGCUCCAGAGUGCAGAAUCCGAAUCUGAAGAGGAAUGACAUGAUGCCUCUGUCUUGCAGAUGGUCGCUGCUAAAGGUUGUGUUUUUGCAUUUGAAGGUGUUUUCUGCUACCAAGAAUAAAGAGUGCUCAUAGAGUCUGCUUUGAUUUUGAAGUUUGCUUUAGUUUUUUCUCAGCGUGUUAUCUUGUGUUUGAGUGUCUAAUAUUCAGGUUUUGAUCCCGGUUGUCAGCUGUCAUAUCGUUGAUUGUUGCUUGGACAGUUGAAUGUUAUUAUCUACAGUUCCUUUGUUAAAGUUAAUUUCCAUUCUCCCUAAUGAUUGAAGUUUGCAGUGCUCAAUUAUCUGGUUGAUAGUGAUCUAGUGAAGUAGAUUUCUGAUUUAGGAUGUGGUGGUACUGUUGACAUGAUCCCUAAGAAUUCAUGGAAUUUUAAUUUGACGUGAAUUGCUUCCCUUGGAAGCAUAUUAUCCUA